GCCGGGCCCCCCAGCUCGGCAGCCACCCCCCGGCCGGGGGGGCGGGGACCCCGAUGUGAAGCGGCGGCCGGGGCGGCGGGGACAGCAGGACCGGCGCCGCCGUCCUUCCCUUCCCUCCCCCCUCCCCUCCGCCCCCUCGGGGGGCUUCUCCCUCGGCCCGUCGCCGGCCCCCCGGCUCCUCGGCAGGACUCCAGGAGGAGUUCUUAGAGCCCCCUCCCCAGCCCCAGCCCCGAGGGCGGCGGGGCCGGGGGGGACCCGGGGGGCCGGCCGCAGUCUCCGCCCAGAGCAAACUUUUUAAAAACCAAAUCGGGAGCCUCCCGAACGUGACUGUCCGGGGAGAAGUGGCCCAGGACGGGCAGAAGACCCAGCCUGAAGAGACGCAGGAAGAGGAAAAAACAGAGGUAAACGGGGCCACCGCUGCCGCCGCCUCUGCCCCGGUGGCGCGGAAGAGAGACCCGGGUGGCUGCCCGGCUUCGCGAUCCCAGCCCCGCUUCUUACUCUGUAAGGCGCCGGAGCCUGCCCAACUGCCCUAUCGGUCCCGAGGAGGAAGGGAACCAGCUCACUUGGUCAGCGCCCCGGCUCAUCUCUAAAGUGAUUACUUCCUUAGGAUAGAUUGCCAGAAGUGGAGUUACUGGGUCAGAGGAAUGUGAAAACCUUUGCGUCUUCUGAUAGUCUAGCCAAGGUCCAAGAAGUAGCAAGCUGGCUUUUGGAAAUGAAUCAGGAACUGCUCUCUGUGGGCAGCAAAAGACGACGAACUGGAGGCUCUCUGAGAGGUAACCCUUCUUCAAGCCAGGCCGAUGAGGAACAGAUGAAUCGCGUGGUGGAGGAGGAGCAGCAGCAAAGACAACCAGAGGAGGAGCACACGGCAAGGAACGGUGAGGUCGUCGGAGCUGAGCCCAGACCUGGAGCCCAGAAUGCUUCCCAGCAAGGACAGUUGGAAGAAAACAAUAAUCGGUUUAUCUCGGUAGAUGAGGACUCCUCGGGAAACCAGGAAGAACAAGAGGAAGAUGAGGAUCAUGCUGGCGAACAGGAGGAGGAGGAUGAAGAGGAAGAGGAAAUGGACCAGGAGAGUGAUGAUUUUGAUCAGUCUGAUGACAGUAGCAGGGAAGAUGAACAUACUCAUAGUAACAGUGUCACAAACUCCAGUAGCAUCGUGGACCUGCCCAUUCACCAACUCUCCUCCCCAUUCUAUACAAAGACAACAAAAAUGAAAAGAAAGUUGGACCAUGGUUCUGAGGUCCGCUCUUUUUCUUUGGGAAAGAAACCAUGCAAAGUCUCAGAAUAUACAAGUACCACUGGACUCGUACCAUGUUCAGCAACACCAAACUUUGGAGACCUGAGAGCAGCCAAUGGCCAAGGGCAGCAGCGACGCCGAAUCACAUCUGUCCAACCACCUACGGGCCUCCAGGAAUGGCUGAAGAUGUUUCAGAGCUGGAGUGGACCAGAGAAAUUGCUUGCUUUAGAUGAACUUAUCGAUAGUUGUGAACCAACCCAAGUGAAACAUAUGAUGCAAGUGAUAGCACCCCAGUUUCAACGGGACUUCAUUUCCUUGCUCCCUAAAGAGCUGGCACUUUAUGUGCUUUCAUUCCUGGAACCCAAAGACCUGCUACAGGCUGCUCAGACGUGUCGCUACUGGAGGAUUCUGGCUGAAGACAACCUUCUCUGGAGAGAAAAAUGCAAAGAAGAGGGUAUUGACGAACCACUGCAUAUCAAGAGAAGAAAAGUAAUAAAACCAGGUUUCAUACACAGUCCAUGGAAAAGUGCCUACAUCAGACAGCACAGAAUUGAUACUAACUGGAGGCGAGGAGAACUCAAAUCUCCUAAGGUGCUGAAAGGGCAUGAUGAUCACGUGAUCACAUGCUUACAGUUUUGUGGGAACCGAAUCGUUAGUGGCUCUGAUGACAACACUUUAAAAGUCUGGUCGGCAGUCACAGGCAAAUGUCUGAGGACAUUAGUGGGACACACAGGUGGAGUGUGGUCAUCACAGAUGAGAGACAAUAUCAUCAUUAGUGGAUCGACAGACCGGACUCUCAAAGUGUGGAACGCGGAGACGGGAGAAUGCAUACACACCUUGUAUGGACAUACUUCCACUGUGCGUUGUAUGCACCUCCAUGAAAAGAGAGUUGUUAGUGGUUCUCGCGAUGCCACUCUUAGGGUUUGGGAUAUUGAGACAGGCCAGUGUUUACACGUUUUGAUGGGUCACGUGGCAGCGGUCCGCUGUGUCCAGUAUGACGGCAGGAGGGUUGUGAGCGGAGCAUAUGACUUCAUGGUGAAAGUGUGGGACCCCGAGACGGAGACCUGCCUGCACACGUUGCAGGGGCACACCAACAGGGUCUACUCGUUACAGUUUGAUGGCAUCCAUGUGGUGAGUGGAUCUCUUGAUACAUCGAUCCGAGUCUGGGACGUGGAGACUGGGAAUUGCAUUCACACCUUAACAGGACAUCAGUCAUUAACAAGCGGAAUGGAACUCAAGGACAAUAUUCUUGUCUCUGGGAAUGCAGAUUCCACAGUUAAAAUCUGGGAUAUCAAAACAGGACAAUGUUUACAAACAUUGCAAGGUCCCAACAAGCAUCAGAGUGCUGUGACCUGUUUACAGUUCAACAAGAACUUUGUCAUUACCAGCUCAGAUGACGGAACUGUAAAACUAUGGGACUUGAAAACGGGUGAAUUUAUUCGCAACCUAGUCACAUUGGAGAGUGGGGGGAGCGGGGGAGUCGUGUGGCGGAUCAGAGCCUCGAACACAAAGCUGGUGUGUGCAGUCGGGAGUCGAAAUGGGACGGAAGAGACCAAGCUGCUGGUGCUGGACUUUGAUGUGGACAUGAAGUGACGCGCAGGAAGGACGGCAUUGUCCAAACGCCUAGGCGACGUACGUACUCCCUGCCCUUCCCCCUGCCAAAAAAAAAAGAAAAAAGAAAAAAAAAGCAAAAAGAAAAGGAAAAGAAAAAAAAUCCCUUGUUCUCAGUGGUGCAGGAUGUUGGCUCGGGGCAACAGAGAGAAAAGACCUACAGACAGACUCGGAAAGAAAAGAGGAAGAGACGAGAAACCACAACUGACAAGAGAAGCUGUCAUCUCGUCACGCAGAAGGCUUCACUUUGGACUGAGGGCAGCUUUGCAAAAUGAGACGUUCUCAAUCCACCCCGGUGCAAUUAUUUCUUUAUUUUCUUCUCCAGUGGUCUUUGGGCAGCGUUCACGCCGAGACGUCCUUACAGAUUCUGCUAGCCUGUUCUUCUACCACUGAGACCUGGAAAGAAGCUGCAAUACCAUCCACACAGUACCGGCGGACUUUCUGACUAGAGAGCAUCUGCAACAAAAAGUCAUUUUUCUGGAGUGGAAAAGCUAAAAAAGAAAAAAAAAAUUACUGUGAAUUGUUUUUGUACAGUUAUCAUGAAAAGCUUUUUUUUUUUUUUUUUUUUUGCCAACCAUUGCCAAUGUCAAUCAAUCACAGUAUUAGCCUCUGUUAAUCUCUUACUGCUUCCACAUACACUCUUCAACGCCUAUGUUGCUCAAAGGUGGCAAGUUGUCCUGGGUUCUGUGAGUCCCACGAUGGAUUUAAUUCUUGAUGCUGGUGCUAGAAGUAGGUCUUCAAAUACGGGAUCGUUGUCCCACCCUGUACUGUACUCCUAGUGGCCAAACUUAUUUAUGCUGCUACAUGAAAGAAAGAAAAAAAAAGCAAAUUAUUUUUUUUUAUUUUUUUUUCUGCUGUGACGUUUUAGUCCCAGACUGAAUUCCAAAUUUGCUCUAGUUUGGUUACGGAAAAAAAAAAAAAAAAGACUUUUGCCACUGAAA